GCUUCUGGACUCCGAAAGAAUACUUGCGGGAUUCGAAAAGUAAAUUCAUAAAUGUACAUACAACCCUACAACGUUUACUUUUCAUAAUCAGACUUUUGUAGAGGCUACAUCUCCAGGACCUCGAGAUAUCAAACGCAUUUUAUUGAGAAGUUCGGUUACAUUAUCAACAUAAUUUGCUUUCCUAUCACUACACUUCCACCACGAUAAAUAACCCCGCACUCACUUGCCUCUCUGUACCAAUCUUUGUUUGAUUGAUCGAGAAAAUGUCCUCCCGAGAGGAAGAGGCAGUUGCCUUGAAGAAUGAAGGAAACAAAGCUUUUGCAGCUCAUGACUGGCUCGGGGCUAUCGACUUAUACACCAAGGCCAUAGAACUUGACGACCAAAAGCCAACAUACUAUUCAAACAGAGCUCAGGCAAACAUCAAAUCCGAGGCUUAUGGAUACGCAAUAGCUGAUGCUACGAAAGCCAUUGAACUCGAUCCAAAUUUUGUAAAGGUUCGUUGGAUCAGAGAUUCUGCCAUUAUUACCUUUCUCUUGUCCAAAGUCCGAAUUCUAACAACUUCUUCGCAGGCAUACUAUCGUCGGGCCGUUGCAUAUACUGCAAUCCUAAAACCAAAAGAAGCUCUCAAAGAUUUCAGAGCAGUUGUCAGGAAGGCACCAAAUGACAAAGAUGCGAAGCUCAAGUUGGCAGAGUGUGAGAAGAUUGUGAAAAAAAUCGAGUUCUUCCGAGCCAUCGAAGUUGGAGAUCCACCAUCUGCGGCGGAGGGCCUUAACCUCGAUGAUAUGGUCGUAAAGGAUUAUGAUGGUGUAGAGUUGGGCAACGAAAUGACGACCGCAUUCAUCAAUGAUAUGCUUGAUCGUUUCAAGAAUGGCAAGAAAAUACACCAGAAAUAUGUUUAUCAAAUUGUCAUGGCGGUUAAAAAGAUUGUCUAUGAUGAACCGACAAUGGUGGAGAUGGAGAUCGACAGUGACGCACAGUUGACUGUUUGUGGAGAUACACAUGGUCAAUUUUUCGAUCUUAUGGAACUCUUCAGACUCAACGGUCUACCGACAGAGAAGCAUUAUUACUUAUUCAACGGUGAUUUCGUUGAUCGAGGUUCUUGGUCAUGUGAGAUUGCAUUACUGUUGUAUGCCUACAAAUGGUUACGCCCAUCGGCAUUUUUUAUCAAUAGAGGAAACCACGAGACAGAUGAUAUGAACCGAGUUUAUGGGUUUGAGGGCGAGUGCAAAGCAAAAUACAACGAACGUACUUUCAAGCUAUUCUCCGAAAGUUUUUCGGCCCUACCUUUAGCAACUCUCAUUGGCAAGAAAUACCUUGUCCUUCACGGAGGAUUGUUCUCGGAUGAUAAGAUCACCUUAGACGAUAUUCGAGCUUUGAACAGACAUAAUCAACGUCAACCGGGUCAGGCAGGAUUGAUGAUGGAGAUGUUAUGGACCGAUCCACAAAAGGAGCCAGGUCGUGGUCCAAGUAAACGUGGUGUCGGUAUGCAAUUCGGACCGGAUAUUACUAGAAGGUUUUGCGAGAACAAUGGGUUGGAGGCUAUCAUCCGUAGUCAUGAGGUCCGAAUGGAAGGUUAUGAAGAGGAACACGAUGGAAAAUGUAUCACUGUCUUCUCCGCACCGAGAUAUUGCGAUAGUACCGAAAACAAGGGAGCCUAUAUCAAUAUUGGACCUGAUUAUAAGUUAGACUUCCACAAGUUUGAUGCCGUACCACAUCCUAAUAUCAAGCCUAUGGCAUACGCACAAAAUUCUCCUUUAUCGAUGAUGUAGAUGAAACAUACAUGGUCAAAUAUAUCAGGUGAUUUUUGGGAGCGCUUGUAAAACUUUGGAUCUAUUCCAUCUAUCAAGAUAGGAGAUCAAUCCGUAGGAAGAUGUCUUACAAGGGAUUUGAAAAAUGUACAAUAGCAGUAAUAUCCUCACGUAAAGCGCUUCGAUGAUACUGAUGCUCAAGCGAGAAUGUAGUUAUUUAAAAUAAUUUAAUCAUUCACAACUCUUA